GUUGCCGAGCGCUCAGCCACUCACUUCAGUCGUGUGAACGUAGGGGAGGCACUCACUUCAAGGAUUCGGAAUGGAUAUUUUCUGAGUGACAAUGAUUCUGCUUCUUGUUUACCGAUGAAGGCAAUAAUGAAACAGCAGACCUGGACAGUUUUCAUAAUGAGAAAGUUGGAUUUUUUUUCCUGUGAAGAAUUUGACACUCUGGGGAUUAGCGAUUCAAUUAACAAUAUGUAAUCAAGAAUUUGGAUCAUGGCAGGACUAGGCUACCUCUUGGCGUGCUUCAUUCAGCUGCUCGUUCUAAUUCCAGGUCUCCUCGCGAGCUGGGACGAAUGGUGGACUUAUGACGGCAUUUCCGGUCCGGAGUUCUGGGGUCUGAUCAACCCCAACUGGAACAUGUGCGAGCGCGGCCGCCGCCAGUCGCCCGUCAACAUCGAGCCGCGGAAGCUGGUCUACGACCCGCACCUCCGCCACGUCCACGUCGACAAGCACAGGGUCUCGGGCAGCCUCCACAACACGGGGCAGAGCGUGAUCUUCCGCGUGGAGAAGGGCUCGAAGCACCACGUCAACAUCACGGGCGGCCCCCUCGUCUACAAGUACCGCUUCCAGGACCUGUACAUCCACUUCGGCGCCGCCAACCACCAGGGCUCCGAGCACCAGAUCAACGGGGCGGCGUUCCCGGCUGAGAUACAGCUGUAUGGUUUUAACGCAGAUUUGUAUCGCAACAUGACUGAGGCCAGAAUGGGAUCCAACGGCAUUGUCGGACUCUCCAUCAUGGUGCAGGUGAGGGAUGGAGAGGGAGAGAAUGGCAGACAGACAGAGCGAAGAGAGAUGGGGGGUGGGGAGGAGAGAGAGAGGGGGGGGGAGGAGGUAGAAGGGAGGAGAUGUUCCGUAAAAAAUAGGGAAGAUAUAAAACGAAUAUGUUACGACAAAAAAUGUGUAGCUAGCCAUCUUCAAAAAGAUGAAGGUUGUAACAGAAUAUACAACGCAGAAUUACAGCGCUCAAACGAUUGGAAGAACGAUAUACAUUCAGUAUUUCGGUCUAAGAUGUUGAAAACACAGAAAAUGAAAAAGAAAGGAUCAUCAGCAGCCGGUAUUGCAAAUCCAAUGUUGCCAAAUUUGCUAUUAAUAAACCUGUGGUAUAAUCUCAUCAACGAAAAUUUUCCUUUGAAAUGCGGAACUGGAUCAAGGGACAAACGGAUGUUCGCCUACACCGGAGCAGUAGUACGCUGGGCAUAG